UCUUAGUAUCAUAUUUUCACAAGAAAAAUGAGUUCCAAAGUGCUUCUUCUUGUUGGCCUUUUCUUAGCUGUGGCUCUUCUGAUUUCUUCAGAAGUAGCUUCAGCCAGAGAGCUUGAUUCUGUUGAUCCAUCCGAUGGGCGCGGCGGAUACAAUGGUGGCGGACACGGUGGUGGAGGAGGACACGGAGGCGGCCAUGGAGGAGGACACGGAGGCAAUGGAGGCAGCCAUGGAGGCAACGGUGGCGGCCAUGGUGGCAACGGAGGCGGCCAUGGAGGCGGUGGAGGAGGUCACGGCGGCGGCCAUGGAGGAGGCAAAGGUGGGAAUUACUGAGCGCUGAGACUCACAACUAAGCAGUUACUACUUACUAAUGUGUAUGUGACAUGCGAUGAAUAAAAUGGUAUGGGUAUAGUUUGAGGCUCAUGUUCAUGUACUUCUAUUAUGUUUUAUGUACUUUUGUUACUUACUUAUCAUAAAAAAAUAUAUGAUGGUUAUGAUUAAA